CUCUACCAUCAUGCUUGUUCUGAAUCAACCUGCCAACCAUUUACAAUUUCAGCGCCAACCAUCAUGCUGUUUCUAGGUUUCACCCAUGCACACAGCGAAAAAAACACUUAUUUUUGUAACUUAGAGAAGAAAGAAAACUUGUUUAGAUAGAUAGAUAGUUUGCUAGGGCUACUGCGCUAGUAACAGCAGCAUGUCGCGAUCGGAGGUUAAGCCGCGCUUUGACUUUGAGCCCGUGCGUGCUUAAUUAGAGGUUCGCCACCACACGUUAUUUGCCGUGCUCACAUUACUUGCGUCCACCUAUUAGACACCUGCUACUGAAGCAACCGGUCCAUCUGUUUGGUCAGUGGCAGUUCAGAUAACUGCAUCAGCAUCGUUCAGAUAAAAAGGCCGGCAUAUAUGCCAACAACUUCCCUCUUUGAUUUUUUUAAAAAAAUUUGACAAAGAGUUUCCCUCCUUGAUGGAUCGUCUCCGAGUCUCCAAAUUAUCUGGGGCGAGUCAUUAUCAGCUUCAUUGGACGGUGACAUGCCUGGCCCGCCAAUCAAGCAAGACCUUGUACGAUGCAAGAUAAUUAGGGAAGGUGUUUGGUAAAAUAAAUUGAGUUUUUCUCAAGCAUCACUGCUUAUCUCCACAGUAGAGCUACACGUGUGCGGGAGGGAAAGAUAGCUACACAAGAUCUCCUUUCCUCUGCUCGCCCGAGCCGCUCUCGUGGGCGGCAGGGCAAAAACCUAGCCGCCGCCCGCCAGCUCCCCCUCCCCGCCUCUCCCCCUCCCCGCCGCCGCCGGAGGGCGCCACCGGGCGAAGCCCGGCUGGGGGGCGGCUGCCGGCUUGGCUGGGCCGGCCCCUGGCGUGGUGGAGCUGCUCAUCCAUGGGGUGGCUGCGUCGGGCGGAUCGCGCGGGAUGGCCCCGGUUGGAUCCGCGGGAUCUAGUGCUGGGGUUCCUUCCAGCGGCGAGGGCUGGGGUCAGCAGGAGCCGUGGGCGGCCGGCGUUGCCGUGCUUAGGAGUGGCAGUGCUGGUGGCAUGGUUGUGGCGGUGGCGGGGCGUGUGCGUCCUGGGGUCCGGCCGGGUCUCCUUCCCGGCUUGGGCGUGCGGCGCGGGCAGGCUAUUUGUGGCUCUUCCUUGGAUGCGGCGGCGGCGGUUCUCUCCCCUUCUUCGACGGACGCGCGCCGUCAGUGGCCUCUCGCUAGUUGGUGCCAAUCGCCGUGGUGGGGCGAAGCAGAGUGCUUCGGGUGGGAAGGCCGGUAGGAUGGGGGCUUCGACGAGGUCGAGCCGCCCGUUGCCGGUCGGGGCCGUGGGCCGCUCCUUCCUUCCCACUUCCCCAACCUGGUGCUUGUUGGUUGCUGACUCGGUGUUCUGAGGCGGGACGGUCGUUGCAGUUUUGGCGAUGGUUGGGGUUUGCACUGGCCAAAGCUUGCUCCUUUGAUGAUUCCAGGACGGUCUGGAUGCAGGGCGGCGGUGGGAGGCGUGUUGAUCUUGGGCGGAUUGCGCGGCUCGGGUGCGGGCGGGCAGACAUGGCUGCUCGGGCGGCAUGGAUGCGGGUGGUUGGCGGAGUGAGGUUGCGUUGGAGGGAUUGGUACACCGGGGUACAUCACUUGUCCAGUCUCUGUACUGGCUGACGGUGGCAGCGUCCGUGGACGUCGUACCCUCCCUGCAGGCUCCGUCGCGGUGCUCCCUCUCCCUUCAGGUUACUCCGGGUGAAAACUUGAUCCGCCGGAUCGGACGGUGGCGGCUUUGGUCGUUCCCUUGUUGGAGGCAUCGUUUUGGAGUCCUCACUCCGCCGUUGGCCGUCUCAUUUCUCCUCGGUGGAUUGCUCAUGGUGAUCUCCGUCGGCUCUAAGCGACGCUUCUUUGUUCAUUUUUUUGGUGCUUUGUAGUCGUUGGAGUGGUGGGUUGGUGCCCGGCACCCUUGUAUCUAGCCUUGGGUGUGUGGUGUGUGUAGUGGGAUGUGUGUUUGUAUCGGCUCGCGGUUGUAAUCGGUGGUACUUUAUAAUAUAAAGGGGGGGAAAACCCUUUUUCGUA